CUAGUAAAAGUAAUAUUCCAAAUCGAAUUUCACUAUUUUUUUUGACAUAAACUAAGAUUAUAUGUCAACCUCAAGGAUGAAAGCAUCUGAUACUGGUUUGAAGAAAUGAGAAUCUGCAAUAAUGAUAAUCAUCUCACCUAUAUAAAUUUCUGCUUGAAGCUGAUAAUUCAGCAAAGAUAUACAGGACUCGGACCUCAGUUUCAUCUGCUUCUCGAAAUGGGAAACCGUUUUGCCCGUGGCAAACCACCAGCAGUCGUCGCAAUUCAUUCUACAGAACAGUGGAAUGCACACUUUGAGUUGUCAAAAAGUUCUGCAAAACUGAUGGUGGUCGACUUCUCAGCUUCAUGGUGUGGACCAUGUCAAUAUAUGGAACCGAUUAUCAAAGAUUUGUCGACAAAGUAUGGGGAUGUCGAAUUUGUCAAUAUCGAUGUGGAUGAGCUUUCGGAUGUUGCAAGCGAAUUUGGUGUCGAUGCCAUGCCAACUUUCGUGUUCUUUAAGAAGGGUAAAGAGGUCGAGAGGCUUGUAGGUGCUAAUAAGGGUGAACUUAAGGAGAAGAUCACAAAACACAGAGUUUAAAGAUUUCGAAGGUGUUAUCAAGUUACAUAGUUCUGUAAACUUUUGUGUAUCUAUCUUAUUAACUGGAUGUAUUCUGUAUGCUUAAUUUUCAUAUAUAUGUGAAGUACUGGCAUCAGGAACUAAAUGAGUUUCUGAAUUUACAGGAAAUCAAUGACAUGAUGAGUCGUUUAGAGGUUU